UGUAACUGCAUUUUUAGCCGUAAUGUCAGGACGCGGAAAGCAAGGCGGCAAAGCCCGCGCCAAGGCCAAGUCCCGCUCAUCCCGUGCUGGCCUUCAGUUCCCAGUGGGGCGAGUGCACCGCUUGCUGCGUAAAGGCAACUAUGCUGAGCGGGUAGGGGCCGGGGCACCGGUGUACUUGGCGGCUGUGAUCGAGUACCUGACGGCGGAAAUCCUGGAGUUGGCGGGGAACGCAGCCCGGGACAACAAGAAGACGCGAAUCAUCCCUCGCCAUCUGCAACUAGCUGUGAGAAAUGACGAAGAACUCAAUAAGUUACUUGGGGGUGUCACUAUUGCCCAGGGUGGCGUCUUGCCCAAUAUCCAAGCUGUUUUGUUGCCCAAGAAAACGGAGAGUCACAAGCCUGGCAAGAACAAUUAAUAACCAGGAGGCUUAAUGUACGCUACCCCCAAAGGCUCUUUUAAGAG